AUGCCAUCCGAGGCCUCAGAACAAUCGGGACAAUCAGACAACUCUAACCAGCAAGGAGACACAGACGUCAAGCCCCCGCCAAAUGGCCACUUGAGUUUCCAGGACUGCUUUGUGACUUCUGGGGUUUGGAACGUAGCUGAGCUGGUUCGAGUGUCGCAGACCCCGGUGGCCACGGCGACUGGCCCCAACUUCUCCCUGGCUGACCUGGACAGCCCCGGCUACUACAACAUCAACCAGGUGACCCUGGGACGGCGCUCCAUCACCUCCACCCCCUCCACCAGGACUGAAAUGGAGCUUUAUGCGAGUCUCCCACGGAGCUCCAACAAGCGCAAGUCCAUUGACGACAGCGAGAUGGACAGCCCGGUGGACGAUGUCUUCUACUCGGGCCGCUCCCCGGCGGCCGGCAGCAGCUCCCAGUCCAGCGGUUGGCCCAACGACGUGGAUGCAGUGCAACACCAUUUGGCCAGUGUGCAGGAGAGGAAGAUUAAGCAUGAGAGCGAUGGAGUGCAGUUUCCUUACCAUGGACUCUCGUCGCCUGGUUCUCUUAAGAAGCCGGGGAAAUACGAUUUCAGCGCCCUGUCCUCCCAGACGAGGCCCCCCCGCAUGGCGUUCACCCACCACCCACUGCCAAUGCUGGCGGGAGUGAGACCAGGGAGUCCCCGUGCCUCAGCCUCGGCCUUGCACUUCCCGUCUCCCUCCAUCAUCCAGCAGUCUAGCCCCUACUUCACCCACCCGACCAUCCGCUACCACCACCACCCUGGACAGGACCCCCUGAAGGAAUUUGUGCAGUUCGUCUGCGCCGAUGGCUCGGGGCAGGCCUCCGGACAGCCAAACGGGAGCGGCCAGAGCAAAAUGCCAGGCUCCUUCUUGCUGCCUCCACCUCCCCCAGUGGCCCGCCCAGUGCCCCUCCCUAUGCCCGACUCUAAACCCAACAGCACGCCCCCUGACGGCGGACUCUCCUCGCCCACAUCUCCGUCAUACUCCACGCCAGGCGCCACAGCUCCCAACAGGUUUGUCGGCAUCGGAUCACGGGACAACAACUUUCUGAACAUCCCGCAGCAGACGCAGUCUUGGUUCCUCUGACAAGAUCUGUGCACAGACCCACAACUACAAUUCUUUCUUUACAAACGGAUUUAGAAAACAGUCGUCCUCCACCCAACGACCGCCCCAACCCCAGCGCUAUUCCAGGACCCCCCCCCCCCCCCCCCUGACACAAAAAACACAACCAAGCGGCACAGGAAAAACCACAGCAGCACGGCUUUCUUUAGAGGAACUCUGGACUCAUUUAUCCGGUCGGCAGUGACGAGACGUUUUUUCCCGGAUCAACGGAAAAGAUGAACGGAAGGACGAGGGAGAGGAAGAGGACGCCAGGAUGAAGAAGGGUCAACGGGGGGAAACGGCAGCAAAGCAGCUCUCUCCUUUCAAAGAAGUUAAAUAGAAUCACAAAACACCACCGAACCAUCAGCGACGCGGGAGGAGCCGGGGAACAGGAGAACGGUCAGCUUCUCCCAGCACACGUUGUGUAGACGAGUGGGGGGGGAAUCGAAAAACAAACACAACAAAUUUUGUUCUCACACAACAUUCGAGCUCGGCCCACAGCCUCGAUCCAAGCAAACGCGCCAUUUGGUUUCCAAUGAAAGCUGCAGUCCGCCUUCACCCAAAACAAAAUUAAAUUGACCACAAAGUCCCUUUUUUAGCGUGCGACUAACUGGAGAGCGACCAUGACAAGACGCAUCUGGGUUGAGGGUUGCACUGGGAGCUUGAAUCAAUUAACACUAAUCUCAACGAUGUGCACUACUUACCUGCAAGGCAUGGUAGGUGAACCGCUCGUGUCUAUUUAAAGAGUUUUAAAGAGGAAAAAAUCCAAGAAGGUGGCAGGGAGCCCCCGCGUGUCCCCCCUCGCCCCCACCACGCCGCUCACUUCCAAUCAUUUGAGCUCAUUCUCACAACCCCCCCCCCCCCACCCCCCUACGCAUGCGACGCACACACUUGCACAAUCUGUGCCACGACCACAGCCAAUAUUUUAUAAAUGACAACACACACAAAGACACACACAUUUUUGGAUUGUACUGGUGUCGAGUCAUUUCCUCCCACUCACACCCAGUAAGCCCAGUGAGCUCACUCUACCUGUUUGAUUAGAAACGUCCCAACGUGAGCACAUCGCUAGAGGCCGUUGACUGGCGGCUCUAGGCAGCAGCUAUUGGUUCCCCCCCUUUGCCCUCUUGUGAUGUAGAUGAUCGAUUUUGUCUCUUGUGUGUUCUCUUAUUUGAAUUUAUUCCUUUUUUGGAUUUGUACUAUUUUAUAAUUGUUUGUUUUUGAAUGACAGCACCUUAUAGAGAAACACAAUGGGAUUUUGAAGCGGUGUAGACAGGGUGGUCAGCUGACCUGGACCAAGUGGUACAUGCCAAAACGUAGAGAGACAUUGGGGAAUGUGCUCUUUGCUUUGCUUCUUUUCUGCCGACAGUUGGACGAGAUGAUCGAUACCGCUCAAUUAUGUGCACGACAUAUGAAGUUGCCGCGAGCAGCAGCUUAGCUUAGCAGGACACAAAGGUUCGAAGCUUCUGCUGGAGCCCUUUGCGUCAGUACCAACCUGACCAACCUGGGUUUGUGCCUCAGAACCAUCCGAGGAGACGUCUUUGGACGCUGAUUGAGGAGGUGAUUGGAUGAACCAUCUGUCGAUCGAACUCUUACCCAUUCCAGUUAUUGUGCUAAGCUAAGCGGCUUCGUCCCAUACCUUCAUCUUUAAUGGACAAACUUGCGAGUGGUUUUGAUCUUCUCAUCGAACUCUCGGCAAAAGAAAGCAAAGGAAAGAGAGAAGUGGGUUUUCCCUCAGUGUCAAACUGGUUCUUUCCUUCUCAGAGCCACGUUAAGAAAUUUGCCACCUACUGUACCCGGAGGAGCCCACAACGCAGGAUUCUGACAAUCACAGGAAGGCCAUUUCCUGGGCAGCGUACCUGCUGAACCCCACAGGUCAACAGAAAGCUAAAGGAACACCAGCCCCAGCCCCACUAUUUCGCUCUGGGCAACCCCGCUGGUGGUGGUGGUGGUAUAUGGGUGAAAAAAGAAAAAAAAAGGCCGAUGCAAGGGAGGGGAAGGUUGCUGGAAGACGGGACCCAGAGUCUCCCUAGAGUUUACCCUGUUGUUUACACUCCCAGACGGGCCGGCUGCUCCAAGAGCAGAGGGAGCCACACUGUGGAGCAAAAUGAAUAUGUGACAUAUCUGGCUGUUAGCGGAGCGAAGGGGCCUGUAAGGCCAGCAGGAGGCCGACGAUCACCCAUGUGCCCCAGUUUGUGCUCGUUUUUGUUUCGGCGCAUAGGAUCAGGAUAUUGGUUGCCACGGUAAUGCCCCCAACACACGCACUCACUCACACACCAGCGCCCCCCCCCCCCCCCCACCCCCCUUUACUAUUUGUGAAUCGAUGAGCCAUUGAUGAUCAAAAGCUGCACUAAUACAAUCGUACCAGCCGACUGUCUGACCGAUUGCGCACCACUCGAGUGUUUUUCGAGUGGAUGUGUCACUGGGAUGUAUCCCACUGGCAGAGCCCCGAUCGCCGCAUCGUAACUCACCCGACCACUAUUACGCCCCCCCCACCCCCCCCCUUACCACCCCCGCUGAAUUCAAUUCAAAGGGAAGUCUUAAAAAGAAAAGAAAACAGACAAUCUGAGGAAACCUUUAUGGUUGUUUUACACCACCAGCCCGCACGCGUUCCCUCCGAUUCUCCCCCGUCAAAAGUUGAAACCCGCCCAUCCGACCUCUCAAAAUAACUGGACUGCCUGGCCACGUUCUUCACUGCAGGGAAACACGACAUAGUUGACCGACCGAGUCGGGCGACCGGCGGCUUCGUAGAGAGAGAACCAGUUCCGCCGAGUGAAGGCGUCAGCGGCGGCCGAAGCGAUUGCUUUUUCUAAUCUAUGGAAGUGCCUCUGUAUUCCCAUUAUGCAAUUUGUCAAACAUGAAUUCAGGUUCUUUUUUUUCUCACAGAUAAGCUAUAGCGAAUGGUGAAAAAAAACACAUUUAUGUCAAGAGAAGGGAGGAAAAGAGAGGAAAUAAGGAAAAGGCGACAGCUCACUAGAUAAUCGCAAGCAUCUUUAUAUAUAAUACACAUAUAUAUUUAUAGAUAUAUACAUUUUUUUUGUUUUUUCAUUUGCAAGAUAAGCUCCGUGGCAGUCUAGUUAUUUUUUGAAGCAUGGCGUACAUGGCGCAGUCAUAGGAUGCAUCUCAAAAGCAGCCGGCCAACUAGAGCUCAAGCAGCAGUCUCUAAACCCACUCGGAAAGACGUCGCGCUCGGCGAUGAGGUUAACGAUAAAAAAAGAUUAGGGUUUGAUGUUUUCUUUCUUGUUUUGAUGGGAAGUAUUGUUCUUGAAACUAAAUGAUGUAUGUCGAUUGAGCCAUGUGCAAUGCCUUGGUAGAGGAACUGUGUUUGUUUGUUAGCGAUUGUUUUGAGGGGUGUCACGAGAAAAGAGGGGAAACCCCCUCCAAGGUUGUUGUUGUUUUGUUGUUGUUUUUCAAGUCCACAUGCUCCGGGACUCUAAAUACGAGGGCGGCGAGAAAAAUAUCCCAGUCUUUACAAGUAAGUUUGGGAAAACCGUAUUUUAAAUUUGCUUUUUGUUGUUGUUUUUUCUUCUUUUCUUCGUCCUCCAUUUAUCAUUUUUUCUUUUUUUAAAGGAAUGAAAAGUCAAUCUUCAUUGAUUUUUUUUGUCUAAAUGUGGGAGGGCUGAAGGAACAAUUUUGCAACUCGUAAAAAUAUAUAUCACUAUGAAAACCUGGUGCUCUCGUAAAGAAUAAAGUACAUUCAAUCUCUAUUAUA